CAGCAGAGUGUAGCCUGCAAGCAACAUGUCACGAAGAUAUGAUUCCAGAACUACGAUCUUCUCCCCUGAAGGCCGCCUCUAUCAGGUCGAGUAUGCGAUGGAGGCCAUCGGACAUGCAGGCACCUGCCUAGGGAUCCUAGCGAACAACGGGGUUUUGCUGGCCGCGGAACGGCGCAACAUCCACAAACUUCUGGAUGAAGUCUUUUUCUCAGAGAAGAUCUACAAGCUCAAUGAGGACAUGGCUUGCAGCGUGGCUGGCAUUACUUCGGAUGCCAACGUGCUGACCAAUGAGCUGAGGCUGAUCGCACAAAGGUAUCUGUUGCAGUACCAGGAACCGAUCCCUUGCGAGCAGCUGGUCACCGCCCUUUGUGAUAUCAAGCAAGCUUACACGCAGUUUGGAGGCAAACGUCCCUUCGGCGUUUCAUUGCUGUACAUUGGCUGGGAUAAGCACUACGGGUUCCAGCUGUAUCAGAGCGACCCGAGCGGAAACUACGGGGGGUGGAAAGCCACGUGCAUCGGAAACAACAGCGCCGCCGCCGUGUCAAUGUUAAAGCAGGACUACAAAGAGGGAGAGAUGACCCUGAAAUCUGCACUUGCUUUAGCUGUCAAAGUCCUGAACAAGACCAUGGAUGUUAGUAAGCUGUCUGCAGAGAAAGUCGAAAUCGCAACCUUAACGCGAGAGAACGGAAAGACGGUGAUAAGGGUUCUGAAGCAGAAAGAAGUGGAGGAGUUGAUAAAGAAGCACGAAGAGGAAGAAGCCAAAUCUGAGCGUGAAAAGAAAGAGAAAGAGCAAAAGGAAAAAGAUAAAUAAACGACGACCCUGCGAGGUGGUGGGUCUGUACAGAUUUUCAGUUCAGUGCACAGAGGAGCGAAGAAACCAGAAACACUGUCUACUGAAUGAGCUGAUUAUACCAUUGAAACCAAACUAUUCCCGCCCUCCUCCUCUCGGUUCUUCUCGUCUUCAUUUCUUUUUUAUUGCACAAUAAAAAACUUUUUAAAA